AUGCUCUUCUUCAAUCUCAAUGUCAGCUUGCUCGUCGUAUGCGGCCUUCUGGUGGGCGUGAGCCAAGCUCUUCAGCCCGUCAAGAUACCGGCAUUUGGCUUUUGGGGUGAGUAGCGCUCACUGCGCGGCCCCAGUGCCGCGCGCCCGGCCAGCCGACCAUUCACAUUGCCAUCCUUCUCGUCGCUCCAGAGCUUUGGCAUAGCUCGACGAAGGAGGUGGGUGGAGAUGACGCAGCCGCAAAGCUUUGGAACGACAAAUGUCACGAAAUCUACGACGACGAGAGCAACAUCGUGAAUACGGAUUUCGGAACAUUUGAGAAGAAAAAGGAGAAUGGAGAAGUUGAAGUGGUCAUCGCCUUUUACUGUCACUCGUUCAGGUAAGUCUGCCUACCUCCGACUGAGCUGCUUCCAGCCGCAUGCAAGAUCGGUGCGCGCACGACCUCACAAUCACCCCUCGAGGCUUUUACUUUUGCAGAAAGGAUGGCAUCUGGUUCGACCGCACAGCUCACUGCACCAACAUGCUGAAUGCGUUUGAGCUGCACGACAAGGCCGGCUGGAUGGGCUACACACUUGCCAUCCCACGCAAAGGAUGA